UUUACAACUAGGGACAUAAAAAGACAAAAACCAUAACAUGUAGGAUUACAAGAACAUAGUGUAUAAGGUUAGUCAUCGAACGAUCAAAACAUAGCAAAAUCGUUCAUGCUUAUCAUUUGUCUGAGUAUAGUCCAGUUAUCAGUUCAUACAUGCAAUGUUAAUUUAUGCAAACGUUGUUUGAAGUUCUACAAAUACUAAGACGAAAAUGGAAAGCUACUAUAUUUUACUUAUUUUUACCUUGAUAGGAUUUACGAUUGGACAAGUUACUCAGCCUGGCCGUUGUCCAAAUAUUCCAACCAUACAGAAUUUUAAUUUAUAUCAGUUUUUAGGUCCAUGGUUUGGUGUGGAGCAGUUUCCUGAGUUUAAACAAAUAGAUUUAGUGUGUCCAGUGACAGUUUUCAAUUUAAACAUUAAUUAUACCAUUAGAAUAGAACAGAGGGAUUACAAUACACUAGAUGAGCAAUAUCAACAACAGGAUGGUACGGCAACCGUGCUGAAUCCCCUAGACCCGGGGAAAUGGCAGGUACGAGAUUCUCAACAACAAUAUCCUUACCCUUACUGGGUUAUAGAUACAGACUACAGACGUUUUGCUGUAACAUGGACAUGCAUUGACUUAUUUAACGGCAGUCAUCUACAAUAUGUCUUUGUACUGAGUCGAUCUAGACGAGGACUUCCACAAUAUAUACGGUACCUAAUACACAGGUAUCUCCAGGCUUUUGGUGUAGAUACGAGAAACCUGCAAUCAAAUGACCAAACAACUUGCUAUACAGCAGCACAAAAUACGACCGGAAGUGGAUCAACAUUUCAAAGAGGAAGACCUUUUCAGCGUUAAAUACUUUUGUUCACGCGUACUUUUAAACAUAAACAUCGUUGCAAAAAGU